AUGAACUCUCAUACAACUGGGCCCUCAAAGGGAGGAAACUCAUGGAAUACACAAAUAAUGCAACAAUAUCUUUCCGAAUCAUCCCCACUGUCUCCUCCCAAAAGUCACUAUCGCCCUCCCAAAGCCCCUCUCAGCCCACCCAAAGCCCCUCUCAGCCCACCCAAAGCCCCUCUCAGCCCUCCCAAAGCCCCUCUCAGCCCAUCCAAAGCCCCUCUCAGCCCAUCCAAAGCCCCUCUCAGCCCUCCCAAAGCCCCUCUCAGCCCUCCCAAAGCCCCUCUCAGCCCACCCAAAGCCCCUCUCAGCCCUCCCAAAGCCCCUCUCAGCCCUCCCAAAGCCCCUCUCAGCCCUCCCAAAGCCCCUCUCAGCCCUCCCAAAGCCCCUCUCAGCCCACCCAAAGCCCCUCUCAGCCCUCCCAAAGCCCCUCUCAGCCCUCCCAAAGCCCCUCUCAGCCCACCCAAAGCCCCUCUCAGCCUUCCCAAAGCCCCUAUCAGCCUUCCCAAAGCCCCUAUCAGCCUUCCGAAAGCUCCUAUCAGCCUUCCGAAAGCUCCUAUCAGCCUUCCCAAAGCUCCUAUCGGCCUUCCCAAAGCCCCUAUCAGCCCUCCCAAAGCCCCUAUCAGCCUUCCCAAAGCUCCUAUCAGCCUUCCCAAAGCUCCUAUCAGCCUUCCCAAAGCUCCUAUCAGCCUUCCCAAAGCUCCUAUCAGCCUUCCCAAAGCUCCUAUCAGCCUUCCCAAAGCUCCUAUCAGCCUUCCCAAAGCUCCUAUCAGCCUUCCCAAAGCCCCUCUCAGCCCACCCAAAGCCCCUCUCAGCCCACCCAAAGCCCCUCUCAGCCCACCCAAAGCCCCUCUCAGCCCACCCAAAGCCCCUCUCAGCCCACCUAAAGCCUCCCUAAAGCCCCUGUCACCAUUCCUACAGCCCCAGUCGCCCCCCUGA